CUACAAUAAUACUACUUGAAACCUCGCUAAAGCAGCAGGGAUUAAAAGAAGGGAAUCUAAUCCCAAAAAAGCAGAGAAGCAUCACACAAUCUGCUUCUUUGUGUUUUUUUUUUCUUCUUAAAUUUUCGCUGCCAACAUAAAGACAGUGAUAAAUAGUACAUGUGUGUCUGUGAGAGGGAAAGCACUGAGCACUAUCACUACUGGACUCCCUGACUGCCAUACCAUCCCUUGUCCGUUGCCUGCUCCCUUCUCCGGCUCUCCCCGUGUCCAGCUCAGGCUUUGGAGACACCACCUGUCCGUUGCUCCAGGCGCCUCUUCCUCUGCCACCCCCCGUGAUGCUCUGCGCCGCACCACUACUAGGCGACACUCGCCGAGUGAGCGAGCUCUACAAGUCUACAACAGCACAAAUAACAUCGGCAAGCGAGCAUAAACAGCAGCAAGGAGGGGCACAAAGCCCGUUCUUCGAACGGUUCAUCUAUCCGUUGUUGUUCUGAUGCCUUCACCAUUGAUUUGAGCUCUGAAGAAGGUUUCCCUGGCUGGCGCUCCUUCAUCGCUGCUCCGGCGACUGCACUGCAAGAAGGAGAAACCAAUCCAAGAUCAGGCAAAGACAGGCCUAGCUUCACCGAUAAGCUUUUCGUGCUCCACUGCAUAGUGUUUCGUGUUUCGAUCAAGAGCAUAGUGAAGCAGUAACCACACUCCACACAGUGUUUUCUUGAUCGAGAAAUCUUCUCCAAUGGCGACGCCGAGCCAUCUCCUGCUCAUCUUCUUCUCGGCGUUUCUUGCAUUGAUCCCGGAGACCACGCAGCUCCAGCCUUCGCAGGUAUGGACUCUGAUCAAGAUCCAGCAGCUCCUGAACAACCCUCCAAUGGUCAGCCACUGGCGCCACAGCACCGACUUCUGCGGCGGCGCCGGCGGCUCCAUGGGUCCGGCGGGCACGGCGGCCGUCCUGUGCUACGGGGACACUGUGACGCAGCUCCACAUCGCCGGCGCAGCGGGCGCGCCGCCUCUGCCCCGGAACUUCUCCAUCGGGGCCGUCGUCACGACGCUGUCCAGGUUCCCCGACCUCAAGGUGCUCACGCUGUCCGGGCUCGGCCUCUGGGGGCCCUUGCCGGGCAAGCUCGGUCGGCUCGCCUCGCUGGAGAUCGUCAACAUGAGCGGGAACUACCUCUUUGGCGCGGUCCCGCGGGGAAUGUCGCGCCUCGUCGGCCUCCAGACGCUGGUCCUCGACGACAACAUGCUGGGCGGCGAGGUACCCGCCUGGAUCGGCGCGCUGCCGUCGCUGGCCGUGCUGAGCCUGCGGAACAACACGUUCCAGGGCGCCGUGCCGGAGUCCCUCGGGACCGCGCCGUCGCUGCGGUCGCUCGUGCUCGCGUCCAACAACCUGUCCGGGAACCUGCCGGACAUGAGCCGGCAGAGCAACCUCCAGGUGCUCGACGUCGGCGGCAACUCGCUCGGGCCGGCGUUCCCCAGGCUUGGGAGGAAGGUGGUCACCGUGGUCCUGAGCAGGAACAGGUUCGGCGGCGGCCUCCCGCCAGAGCUGGGCUCGUUUUACCUCCUGGAGCAUCUGGACGUGUCGUGGAACCGCUUCGUCGGGCCGUUCGCGCCGGCGCUGCUCUCCCUGCCGUCCAUCCGGUACCUGAACAUCGCCGGCAACAGGUUCACCGGGACUCUGUCCGACAAGGCGCCGUGCGGAGACAACCUCCGGUUCGUCGACCUGUCGCUGAACCUCCUCAUGGGGAGCGUGCCGACCUGCUUGAGGUCACCGGACAGGAAGCCUGACACGGUGGUGCUCGUGUCCACCAACUGCCUGGAUGACAGCGACGGUUCGCAACACCCGUCACCGUUCUGCCAGAACCAGGCCUUGGCCGUGGGGAUAGUGCCCGGCGGCAAGGAGAGGAAGAAGAUCGCAAGCCAGGCAGGCUUCGUGGCCGGCAUUGUGAUGGCGAUCCUUGUCGCCAUUUCUGCUGUCGGUCUCAUCGUCUUCUUCGCUGUGAGGAGGGCAGCCAUGAAAGGUUCUGAGUCGAGGGCUCCCACAACUUCGGAGGAGGAAAAUUCUUCGACUGGUUACCCUUCCAAGCUGCUCGCUGAUGCACGAUACAUAUCACAGACGGUGAAACUAGGAGCCCUGGGAAUCCCGUCAUACAGAUCAUUCUCUUUGGUCGAACUUGAAGCUGCAACCAAUGACUUUGAAAACUCUCACCUGCUGGGACAAGACUCUCACGGCGAGAUGUACCGAGGAAGGUUAGGCAAUGGCACGCCAGUGACGAUCAGGACUCUGAAGAUGAAGAGGAGCCAGACUACCCAGAGCAUCAACCGCCACAUCGAGAUGAUCUCCAGGCUCAGGCAUCAGAACCUGGUCAGCGCUCUGGGACACUGCUUUGAGUACGAUCUCCAUGAGUCCACUGUGACCCAGCUGUACAUCGUGUUCGAGUACGUGCAGAAUGGGAACCUGAGGAGCAGGAUCUCGCAAGGGACUGAAGGGUGCAGACUUACCUGGUCACAGAGGAUAUCGGCCGUCAUAGGUGUCGCCAAGGGUAUCCAGUUCCUGCACGGAGGGAUCAUACCUAGCCUAGUUGGAAACGAUCUGAGUAUCACGAACAUCCUUCUGGAUCAGAACCAUGUCGCCAAAAUCGGCAGCUACAACAUCCCGAUCCUAGCAGAGGCCAUGAAAUCCGAGCAGGGAGGAGCUGGAAACAAGUCCCAAACCGACAGUCGGAUGAAGAGCGAUAAGGCAGACAUCUUUGACUUCGGGGUGAUCCUACUUGAGGUUGUGUCUGGGAAGACCAUCACGUCCAUGUAUGAAGUGGAGAUCCUGAAAGAGCUGCUUGCAUGGGCGAUUGCCGACGAGGACCGGGUGAGAAAGAGGAGCUUCGCAGACCCCGCGGUGAGCAAAGGGUGCUCAGACGAAUCGCUGAGGACGGUCAUGGAGAUCUGCCAGAGGUGCCUGGCCAAGGAGGCGUCGCAGCGGCCGUCGGUGGAGGACGUGCUAUGGAACCUGCAGUUCGCCGCCCAGGUGCAGGACGACUGGGAGCUGGAUGCCUGGAGCAGCAGCGGAGGAAGCCCAGUGUCGUCGUCGUCCAGGGCCACCAGGUCGAGCCGGCUACAAUUGAGCAGAUGAUCAGGUGGUUCUUCAGUAAAGCAGUCGCAUGAUCUGAAGAUGGAAACGCUGGCCAGCCUACAGCAUCUGCCUCUGAUUGAAUGCUGAAGCAGGAUCCGCUCAACUGAAAGUUCUUUCUUUCUGCCACUGUAGAGUUCUUUUUUGGCUCCUUUUUAUCAAAUCAUAUCCCUAUCUAAGAGUACAAUAAUGGUGUGCCUUUUUUCGAUUUUGUCUCCAAUUGGUAGCACAAUAAUGAUGUAAUAGGCAUUUCCUUCUACGUUCUGAAUUUUGUGGUCAUCAUGUAACUACUGCUGACAACAAGGACAGGAACAGGAUGAACAGCCUCCACAGGAGCACCCUCGUGAGAGGUCGUUCGUGCAGCGAGAAAGAAGCAUAUGAGGUUAUUACUGCAAA